AAGGGCGACGCGCGCCGGGGGUCCCUCCUCUCAACUCUCCUCAGCGUUGCUGUGUUCUUCCGGGAGGCUUUUGCUGCUGGUGGGGGUAGCCGUGGAAGCUCAGAGGUGGUGUGGGGUGGUGGUGCUUGCUGGUUGAUGUCGAUGGCGCAGGUGUGCUGUGACUCAGCGGCAGUCGCGGCGGCGGCGGUGGUUGGGCCGGAGGCGGAGGCCAGGGCGAGGGCGCGCGCCGAGAGGCGGCGCCGGGCGGGGGAGGCCGGGAGGUGGAAGCAUGCGCCGGCGGCGGCCGGGACGGCCGAGGCGGCCACGAGGAAGCGACGCGUGGAGGCCGGGGAGCUGCUCGUGGCGCGGAAGCACGGGGCGGCCUCGGUGGCCGGGCUCAGGAGGGAGAUGGAGGACGCCGUGUCCGUGCGCGAGGCCUUCGCCGCCGGUGGCGCCGGGAGGUGCGACUUCUACGGGGUGUUCGACGGCCACGGCUGCUCGCACGUCGCCGAGGCGUGCCGGGACCGGAUGCACGAGCUGCUCGCCGAGGAGCUGGCCGACGAGGACGGCCCGGCGGCGCGGCGGGAGCCCGCGGCCUGGACCGCCGCGAUGGAGCGGUGCUUCGCGCGGAUGGACGCCGAGGUCGCCUCCGCCGGCGGGCGCGCCGCCGCCAGCUGCCGGUGCGACGCGCACAAGUGCGACCACGUGGGCUCCACCGCCGUGGUUGCCGUGGUGGAGGAGCGCCGGGUGGUGGUGGCCCACUGCGGCGACUCCCGCGCGGUGCUCUGCCGCGGGGGCGACGGCGCGGCGCCGGUCGCGCUGUCCUCGGACCACAAGCCCGACCGGCCCGACGAGCAGGAGCGGAUCGAGGCCGCGGGCGGUCGGGUCAUCUUCUGGGAGGGCGUGCGCGUGCUGGGCGUCCUGGCCAUGUCCCGCGCCAUUGGGGACGGGUACCUCAAGCCGUACGUGUGCUCGGUGCCCGAGGUGACGGUGGCCGACCUCGCCGACGGCGACGAGUGCCUGAUCCUGGCGAGUGACGGGCUGUGGGACGUGGUCAGCAACGAGGCCGCCUGCGAGGUGGCGCGCGCCUGCCUCCGGAGGGGCAGGGAGAAGUGGUGCGCCGAGGCCGCCGCGCUGCUCACCAAGCUGGCGCUCGCGAGGCGCAGCGCCGACAACGUCUCCGUCGUGGUCGUCGAUCUCCGGCGGAAGAACCACUAGCUGUCCUUCACCUCUCAAAUCAGAUGGUGGUAGCACUAGUUCAGUGGGAUGGAUUAUGCACAAAAGGAUCUGGCUGGGAUGGUAGUAGUAGCGGCUAGCUAGCUAGCAAGUAGUAAUUCUACUGAUUGUUUUUUCUUCUUCCUUUUCUGUUGGGAAUGAUUUUUUGGGCUGUAUUUCUCCCUGAAUCAAAAAGUUCAGAGGAGCGCAUGCAUAGAUGAAUGAAUUAUUAUGGUGUAACCGGAGCUCGAUCCGGAUACCAUGUGGAAUGAAAA